AAAGAGUUAGGUUGGGCCGCGGUGAAGGCACCAACUGAUAGAACAUAUAAGACAAGACAAGACCGGUGAGAGAUUGCGUUGUCUGCUCGACAAGCUGCACUGAUUGCUUCAUCCUCCAAUAUGCUCGCAUUACUCCUGAGCUCGCUUCUCGCUCCUCUGGUUGCCGGCCAAGCCGCCGGGACCUACCAAACCGAGACGCACCCAAAGAUGACCUGGAAGCAGUGUUCCGGAACCGGAGGGACUAACUGCCAGACGGUGAACGGAGAGGUGGUUGUCGAUGCCAACUGGCGCUGGCUGCACGUCACAGGCGAUUACACGAACUGCUAUACAGGCAACAAAUGGAACGAGACCGCCUGUCCAAACAACGACAAAUGCUCGCAGAAUUGCGUCCUUGAAGGCGCUGAUUACUCGGGCACCUACGGAGCCACGGCUGGAAGCGAUGCCCUCACGCUAAAGUUCGUGACGCAAGGCUCAUACUCCACGAAUAUCGGGUCGCGACUAUACCUCAUGAAGGAUUCGAGCUCGUACCAAAUGUUCAACCUGAUCGGCAACGAGUUUACGUUUGAUGUCGACGUGAGCCAGCUCCCGUGUGGCUUGAACGGCGCGCUCUACUUUGUCGCCAUGGACUCGAAAGGCCAAGGAACGGCGGGAGCCAAGUACGGCACAGGCUAUUGUGAUGGGCAAUGCCCGCGCGAUUUGAAAUUCAUCAAUGGCAAGGCCAAUGUAGAGGGCUGGAAACCAUCCUCCAACGAUCAAAACGCCGGUGUUGGAAACCGUGGGUCCUGCUGCACGGAGAUGGAUAUCUGGGAGGCCAAUUCCGUAUCCCAAGCGCUCACACCUCACUCAUGCGACAGCGCCGGCUUCCAAGAGUGUACCGGGGACGCAUGCGGCGGUACCUAUUCUGCUACGAGAUAUGCUGGCCCGUGUGAUCCGAACGGAUGUGACUUCAACCCAUACCGCUUAGGUGUAACCGACUUCUACGGCAAGGGCAAGACCGUCGAUACCAGCCAGCCUUUCACCGUAGUCACACAGUUCGUUGGUUCCGGCAGUUCCCUUUCCGAGAUCAAACGUUUCUAUGUCCAGGACGGCAAGACUAUCGCACAACCGGAGCCUAAAGUUUCCGGUAUCACUGGCAACUCCAUCACCCAGGCCUGGUGUGAUGCUCAGAACAAAGCCUUCCAAGAGGACGUGUACCCAUUCAACGACCAUGGAGGCAUGGCGUCCGUAGCCAAGGGCCUGCAGAGGGGCAUGGUCCUCGUGAUGUCCCUGUGGGACGACCACUACGCCAACAUGCUCUGGCUCGAUAGCAACUACCCGACCGAUGCGGAUCCAAGCAAGCCCGGUGUUGCUCGUGGCGAUUGCGCUACGACCUCGGGCGAGCCGUCGCAGGUGGAAUCGCAGUCUCCAAACGCCCAGGUCAAGUAUUACAACAUCAAGUUUGGCCCGAUCGGCUCAACGUUCAAACAGUAGAUGGGCCUCCUAGGGGGCGCUGUUUUGGGCAGGGAUGAUGUAGAUAUGCGCGGUACCAGAUUGUAUAUAGUUCGCCUUUGCUAGGAGCUUCCCGCUCUUCUUCAUAUACGUCCGUCAUGAUAUGGUGUCAUCUGCAAGUGCAGGGGCAAAAUGUG